GGUCGAAGGUCGACCGUCGACUCUCUGGUCUUCGCUAGCAAACCCGAUUUACCCGAUAGAAUGACAGAAGACAGUAGUUGCCUUAAAGCUUCUGAAGAAUCCACGGCGGCUGUAACAGCAGCGACAAGACAAAGUAUGGAAAAAGUUGAAGUUCAGAUGGCACUUUCCGUUAUUUCUGUUCCUCAGACUUGGCCAUGAACAUCUUUGUUAGACAAAGCUGUAAUACUAUAAGCAGGACAUUACUAGUAAGGCCUUGUUCUUGAGAAACACCGACAUUGAAGAACUAUGGUUGUGAACUUACUUCCAUUGGGACGAAAACUUUUCCCUUGCUGUGAAAAAGAGGAAAUGGGAUCAGCCUGCAGAGUCCCUAAUCUCAGCUGGGCUACAUGUUCCUGGAGUCCUCCCACUUGGAAAUGCGGGAUCUCUUGUUGGAAUGGCACUUCCUGGCAUUACUGCACCUUCUGGAGCACUUUUGACAAAUCCUCUUCCUACUACCGGUGCAACUGUUCCACAUAUGUUGCAGGCUCUUUCAAUCCCUCUAAACACAAGUACAGUGGUCCAAAAAUUGAAUCAACCCAAGAUUCAAGAUGAGCUAAUAGCUCGGGAAAUUGUCAUAAAUGAUGCUGAGACUUCUGUGCGCUGCAAGCUCACAAAACGCCAGACCCAGGAGGAGAUUCAAAAGUGCACUGGCGCUGUGGUGAUUACCAGGGGCAAGUACCGUCCACCAAAUGCUUUGCCUGAUGGUGAAAAGCCUCUCUAUCUUCACAUUUCUGCUGGGGCUCAUUUGAAGGAUACAGCAGAACGAAUAAAAGCGGUUGACCACGCUGCUGCUAUGGUUGAGGAAAUGCUAAAACAGGGAAUAACUACGCAGCCAGCUACUGCUCCUUUUCACUCAGUUGCAAACACGGGGCAGAUUGCCCAGCCAUUGAGCAUGUGUGUGUUUUUAGGCUUUGAUGCUGAGCCAACAUUAAACAUUGCAGCUCGCAUACGUGGGCCAGAUGACCAGUAUAUAAAUCACAUUAUGAAUGAAACAGGAGCAACUGUUGUACUGAGAGGACGAGGAUCAGGAAAUUUUGAAAGUCAAAAUGGACAAGAACUUGCACAGCCACUGCAUCUGUACUUGUCAUGCAAUAAUCCAAAAUGUCUUGAAGAUGCAAAGCGCUUGGCUGAAAGUCUUUUGGAUACAAUCAGUGCAGACUGUGGUGUCUCCAGGGUCACAUCAUCCAAGGUAUAUAAUGCUGUUCCACCUCCACAGCAGUUGUUGGCCGGAGUUGAAAGCAAUGGGAGUGAACAGAAACAAAAUUUAGGUCCAAUUGGUGACUUGACUUCAUCUGCUAUGGGCUCUACUCCUAUUCCUCAUGUUUCCCCGAUCACAGUCCCUGGAGUCUCUGGUGUAUAUCCUCAAGCGACAAUUUUACAACCAUGGGGAUUGCCCAGUUAUGGACCUCCUCAAUCAAACAUGGUUUGCUAUCCCCAGCCUGCAGUAAUAGGUGGGACAAGAUAUAGUGGAUAUGAAGGGAUAUAUCCGCAAGCCACUCCAUUGCAACAGGUUGCCUUAGCCCUGAGACAGUCACCUUCUCCUGUCACUUCCGUUACAGCCCCUGUGGUGUCAGAAGGAAGCACUAGCACAUCACCAAAAGUGAAUCAAAGCUCCAAUUCCAAGGAGAAACGGCUUGUGCAGAAGAGAAAGUUUCAGGAGUUACCAGUAGCUUCUAAUGGGCUUGACAAACCCCUUAAGAAUUCUUUGCAGGGAUUAGAAUUUCUCAAGCCAGGUACACCCUCAGAGGAUUUGGGCCCGAGGGAUAUUUCAUCCAUGCCACCCCCACAGAAAUUGAUCCAGGCAUCAUCCAGUGGGAUGCUCCCGCCCCCUCCAAGGACCAUGAAGCCGCCACCACCACCAAAGUUCAUGUCUUCAAGGACCAUGCCGCCACCACCGCCACCACCACCGAAGUUUAUGUUGUCAACUUCAUCCCCUAAAGCAAAUGGCAUUAAGUUGAAAUCGGACCCUGUCUCUGAUACUUUGAUUAAACUCAUGGAAUAUGGCGAGGAGGAUGAUGAACCUGAUGGAACCACUGAAGACUUUUGUAAGAGCAACUCAGCUCCGAAACCAUUCUGGGCUGUAUAAGAGGUCAUCCGAGUGAGUGUUUGUAGGCUGAUGAAAUUUGGUAGGAUCCAACAACAAAAUUGUGGUGAAGUGCCAUUUUUGGUGAUUCGGCAAGGGAUGGAUUUCACGGAUUCAAAUUUACGGGCGGUGUGCAACUUCUCAGUGCAUCUGGUGGGAAUGGACGGCUCUUUUUGUUCUUGUCGGCAAAGUCGAGUGGUAGAUAUUGUUGAUUGGAUCAUGUUGGGAAUUUGUUUGACAGGUUGCUGGCCUACAGCAUGCGAGAUCUGCCUGGCCUCAACUCCAGUUGGGGGUUUCUUGUUGAGGGGUUGUAAAUCUGCCUGCCAUUGACUCAUUUUCGUUUUGGGGGUGGGUGUGGGGGGGUUUUUGCGGGUUUGUAUAAUUGAGGGCUGUAUUUUAUCGGUGUAAUUGGUUAUAGCAGGAUUUUUUUUCUUGGGGAGGGUGGGGAAGGGGAGGAAAGAUUAGAUUACCCUAAAUUACAUAGUUCUUGUAAUCUGACGUCUAACCUAUGAUGCAUUAGUAAAGUCUACAGGGGUUGAGAUAAA